UCAUCUCUCCCUCUACCUCCCUCCCUCUCUCCAUAUACUCCGCUAUGCUCCGCUCCCUCUCUCCAGUCGCGGUUACUGGCUGUACGGUCCAGCAGCGGUGCGCUAACUCUUCAGUGUGCGGUUUUAACGGAGGAGCGACACGAGCCACGAGCCCCGCCAUUUCCUCGUGCCGAGCCCUGGGAUGUCGAGCAGCGGCUCGGGCUCUUCCUCGCGGAAGGAGUUCGAUGUGAAGCAGAUCCUCAGGAUCCGAUGGAGGUGGUUCGGCCACCCCGCGGUCCCUCCGCCUCACUCCCCGCCGCUAGGUGACUACUUCGCCGGAAGGAGAGCGGGCGGCAGCUCCGGAGACGGACCGUCAGUCAGCGGCAGUGGCAACUCGAAUCCAGCGGGCGUAAACCCCAGCGCGGGGGCUCAUAGCGGUCUGGUGGCCAGCGGCAGCGCCGGUUCGAACCUGUGCAACGGCAACAGAAAGUUUGCUGAUCCGGCGGGGAGUCGCGUCGGACCGGGAGGAGCAGUGGGAGCGACGGGGAGCUCCUGUCCCCGCUCCCUCAGCCAGCCGGAGUGCAGGAGCUCCACCGCCGCGCUGUCGUGGGGCUCCCCGCCGACUCAUCGGCGCUCUCGCCCCGUGACGAGCAUGGAACCUCCCGGUGAGGCUCCGGUGCCCCAGCUUGUACUGGAGGCUCAUGUCGGGGGAGAGGAGGAGGCGGCGGCGGCGGUAGUGGCCGCGGGGGCCACCGAGGAGAACACCGGCCAACACCCGGAAACAGACUCCAGCUCCUGCAGGACGUCGAACAGCAGCGCCACGCUCUCCUCAUGCAUGUCAAUGGAGCCGUGUGCAUUUCCAGAGGACUGUAUGUUCACCGCCAUGUCCCAUGCUGACAUCACCUUCCGCAAGAUGGAGGGCUACCUGAGGAGCCGGCAGCUGUGUGAUGUCAUACUGGUGGCCGGAGAGAGGCGGAUACCCGCACACAGACUCAUCCUCUCAUCUGUAUCCGACUACUUUGCGGCCAUGUUCACCAGUGAUUUGCUGGAGGCCAAGCAGGAAGAGGUGAAGAUGGAGGGAGUAGACCCUGAUGCGUUGUGGGUCUUAGUGCAGUAUGCAUACACAGGGCGUCUUGAGUUGAGGGAGGACACCAUCGAAUCUCUGCUGUCAGCCUCUUGCCUGCUGCAGUUGUCCUCUGUGGUUCAGGCCUGCUGCUCCUUCCUCAUGAAGCAGCUCCACCCCUCCAACUGUCUGGGCAUUCGCUCCUACGCCGACGCUCAGGGCUGUUACGACCUGCAGAGGGCUGCUCACGCCUACACUAUGGAUCACUUUUUAGAGGUGGUGGGAGGCCAGGAGUUCCUGCUGCUCCCGAUGGACGAGAUGGAGAGGCUGCUCACUUCUGAUGACAUCAACGUGCCUGAUGAGGAAACCGUGGUUACCUCUUUGCUAACGUGGGUCGGUCAUGACUGCACCACUCGGCAACCUCACCUGCCUAUGCUGCUUGCUCACAUCCGCCUGCCGCUGCUGCAGCCACAGUUCUUGGCAGACCUUGAGUCCAACCCUCUGCUGCGGGACAGUGUGGAGUGCCAGCGGCUGCUGAUGGAGGGGAUGAAGUAUCACCUCUUGCCGCAGCACCGGCCCCUGCUUCAGAGUCCUCGUACCCGACCUCGCAAAGCCACCGUAGGAGCCAUGUUCGCUGUGGGUGGCAUGGACGCCACAAAAGGUGCUACCAGCAUUGAGCAGUACUGUCUGCGUCAGGACAGCUGGAGGCAGGUGGCCACCAUGAGUGGACGGCGUCUACAGUUUGGUGUAGCUGUCCUCGACGGCCGUCUCUACGUUGUGGGCGGCCGAGAUGGACUUAAGACCCUUAACACUGUGGAGUGUUACAACCCACACAGCAAAACGUGGAGCGUCAUGCCUCCCAUGUCCACACACAGGCAUGGCUUAGGUGUAGCUGUCCUGGAGGGCCCCAUGUACGCAGUAGGAGGACAUGAUGGCUGGAGCUACCUCAGCACAGUGGAAAGGUGGGAUCCCCAGGCUCGACAGUGGAGCUUUGUUGCAAGUAUGGCUACACCCAGAAGCACUGUGGGAGUAGCUGUGCUCAAUGGCAAGUUGUAUGCGGUAGGAGGUCGGGAUGGCUCAUCGUGCCUGCGCUCAGUGGAGUGUUUCGACCCCCACACCAACAGGUGGAACAGUUGUGCUCCUAUGGCUAAAAGACGUGGAGGCGUGGGUGUGGCCACCUGGCAUGGCUUCCUGUAUGCCAUCGGAGGUCACGAUGCUCCUGCCUCUUCCCUGGCGUCUCGGUUAAGCGACUGUGUGGAGAGGUACGACCCUCAGACAGACGUGUGGACGGCAGUUGCCCCCAUGAGCAUCAGCAGAGAUGCAGUUGGUGUUUGUCUCCUUGGCGACCGGCUCUAUGCUGUGGGCGGUUAUGAUGGUCAGGUGUACCUCAAUACUGUAGAAGCCUACGACCCCCAGACAAAUGAGUGGACACAGGUGGCCCCUCUGUGUCUGGGUAGGGCCGGAGCGUGCGUGGUCGCCGUCCGACUGAAAACAUAAACACAAACCGUGGACGUCUCUGGGACUGAUCCUGAUGUGGCUCAAAGACCCUCCUCACUGACAUGCGGGCACUUAAACCCAGAGAUGCAUCUGCCCACGGAAGAAAAAAAGAAGCUGAUUAUCGAACUCUUUUACACAGUGGUAGGUUUUACUUGUAAGCGGAGUCACAUUGUACUCAAUCAUUCAUUUAAAUGUCCUGAAUGUGUCAUGGAAGGUUCAGGGUUGAGUCAUGUGUGGGGUUGUUUGUAAAGUUUCCACAGUUGAACAUCCUGCUAACUUCUGCCACAGAAGUGAACUGCCACCGAUACGUACGAUGAAGAGGAAUCUGCAGUGUUUAUCUGAGCAUGACAGAACAGCUGUCUCGCACCUUUUUUUUUCUUGCCUAUUAUUUUGUUCCUGUAGACAAGACGGGACACACACGCACAGACACACAAAGGCAAACCUUACAUGCUUGCUUUCAGCUUCUAUUUCUGCUGACAGAAAGGUGAGCGAGACAGAGGGAGAUUGUCAAGACGGCUGAGAUGCCUCAUCACUUUUUGCCCUCAGUUUUCCUAACAAUAUCUGAUAGUGUGUAUUGAUGCUAUUUUAACAUAUUCCCUAUUAUUUUUACGCUGCAGUUGGCAAGUGCUCUCCUCCUGUUUCUCUGCCUCUCUCGCUCGCUGACAGAUAAAAGAACGACUUUUGACAUAAUCAGCACAACCUUAUGAACAACUGUACUGUAAGCAACUCUGGGCCUAUUUUUUUUUUUUUAAGUCUAAUGCCCAUCAUCAUGCUUUAUGUAAUAAUUCCGAGUGUGUGUCUUCUGUGUUGCAUCAGAAGCAUACAGUAUAGUCUGAUAUGCAAUUUAUUGUAUCUCUUUUACAAGCUGCACUGGCAAAUUGUCUCACUUUGUGCUUUAUAUUUUGUCUUUUUAAAUUAUGUCAUUCAAAUUUUUUCAUAAUUGAGGUGCAGUGAACCCUGUCACCAGGUUUAUAGUCUUGAGUGAUAACAACAGUCAUUAUACUGUGGCCCCUUGUUGAUCCCUGUAUGGAAAUUUAGUUUUCAAUUUCCUGCAGAGGACAGGGUCAGCUAUUCACAGACCUGGUUUUAUACAGGGUCAGUUGAUCUUCUCUGUCUGCCAGCCGCCUACUUUUUAUCCACUGUAGAUGUUUCUGUGUGUGUGUGUGUGUGUGUGUGUGCGUGUGCGUGCACGUGCACGUGUUUGGGCGUUCAGAGAUUGAAAGGAGUAUAUUUUUAUCUCAAAUGAGAAUCUUCCCCAUUCCCCUCUCAAUAUCUUCAAUUCCCUGCUGCUUUCUCUUCAUCCCCAGUCUACCAUUUCAUCACCACACACACACACACACAAGCACAUACAAAUACACACACUGCUACGGUUUAGAGCGGAGCUGGAUACUCGGGCAAAAUGAACAACAGACGAUAUAACGAGAGCAUGAAUUUAAUAAGGUUGAUUCAGCCAGUGCCAAUGUUUUGUUUGAUGUUGAGAUCAAAGCUUUAUUAGAUUUGACAGACAGAGCAUGAGACACGAGCCGAACGCCAGCCUCGUGAAACAACCUUGUGUGUUCAUUUUUGUGGGCUUGGGUAAGUAAAACUUAAAUAGCCUGAAAUGUGACGAACAUGAAGGUUCUGGCUGCAGGUUCACGGCGAACGUGUGUGUGUGUGUGUGUGUGUGGGGUGGUGUGUGUGUGUGUGUGUGUGUGUGUGUGUGUGUGUGUGUCGUCUGUGUGUCUGUCUAGCGUACAGAAAGCCAACUCCUGACACUGAGAGGCAAAGCAGGCAUCCUGUCUGAGCUGACAGAUCUAGAGCUAAUGUAGCCCCCAGAAUGCACUUUACAAACACACACACACACACAUACACACACACACACACAUGCAGCUGAGAGCCAAGUGCCCCAGGAGUCAGUGAAGAUUGAAAAGCCUCACAAAUUUGCCAGCAUGACAUCUAAAAAGCAGAGAUGGGCAGACUGGCAAAUUCCCCACAGUUGAGCUGAUGUUUAUUCAAGCCUAAUGCACUGCUGCAUUAUUUUUAUUUUCUUCCCCCUCAGAGCCGCCCGCUGUUUAUUUGGAGAGUAAUUCUCUUAAGAUCAGAGCAGAAGUGUGUCACCUCCACUGUGUCGAUGUUGUCACGAGUAAAAAAUAAAGACAGACAUUCCAAAUCAUGGGACAUAUUCAAGUAUAUUAUGUAUAUAAAUAAAUGUACAAUCUGUAUGUAGUCUUAUUGAACUAUGCUGUAUAUUAUAUGGUGCACACUAAAUAUGCCAUGUGUUACUGUGUGUGUAUUUUGUACCAUGAAUUCAGAUGAAGAUGUGAUAAAAGGAGGGUUGGUGGUUAAUGGUGCAGCUGCUCGUCCACCUUUUUUGUACCAGAAGAUUUCACCUCCUCUUUUACUAUAUAAAUUAUGUAUGUACAUUAUAAGCUUCUGUAAUAUGCUGUCGUCUGUCUUUUAUACAUUAAAGUCAAUAUGUGAUUUAA